UCCGGCGUUCCAGUCCGAAACCACACCCCUGUCAAUGCUACAUCCUUCCAUCCCUCUCCCGAACUUCCACCACGGAUUCAGCACAAACCAUGCUCUAUGUCAAGCCUACCAAUGGAGGCUGACCCACGUCAAGCUACAGAACUCAAAAAAAGACCUCGGUGUCCACAAAAUCUCCAAAACCGGGUUUCCUCCCAUCGUUUCCCCACCAAGUCCACUGUUGCAAGAGCAAAUGUCGUCAUUGUCACCGUCGGUAGAGUUGAUUCAGUCUGUCGAAGAACAAGAAAAAGGGGAAGACGAAACAUGCCGGCUCCAGCUCCCUCCUCCACCAACACACGCAUUCGAAGCCUUCUACCCAAAAGGAAGCAUCAACCCAUCUGCUCCAAUCCCUGGAGGUUUCGGAUUCUACUUAACCGGCCCAAACGACUUCGUCUCGGGACAAGAGGUGUUGAUGAGCUACCGAGUAAUGUUCCAGAACGAUUGGGAAUGGGUGAAGGGAGGGAAGUUGCCCGGUAUCUUCGGCGGUGUAGGAGAUCUAGCCUACAAAUGUAGCGGUGGAAGACAAGAGAAUAGAUGUAAAUGUUUCGAUGUGAGGUUGAUGUGGAGACAGAAUGGAACCGGUGAGCUCUACACAUACCUCCCCCCAACUGAGAACAACAAAAAGCAACUUCUGGCCGUACCACCUGUCUCAAGAGCAAACAACGAUUACGGUUUCUCCGUAGGCCGCGGAUCCUUCACUUUUGUCAAAGGAACAUGGGUGUGCAUAGCUCUCCGAUUGAAAAUGAACACCGUCGGUGAAGAAGAUGGAGAGUUAGAGCUCUGGAUUAACGGCCACUCCGUCAUUUCUAUCCAAAGACUAUCGUUUCGCGACUCGGAAAUGGCGACCAUUAAAGGGAUGCACUUUCAGACUUUCUUCGGCGGCCACACAGAGGAUUGGGCAUCUCCGAAAGAUCAACGGGCGUGGUUCGCUGAUAUCACAGGGGUCUCCAUCCUGAACACGCCAUCAAUACAUCUUACACGGUAAAACUCUUGUCGUUCCGACUCUCGCAUUUCCAGAGGGGAUUGAACCAUGGUUUCCACGACAGAACGUAUUUAAGAAACCGGAUCGACGGGCGUGAAGAUUUGACUCGGCCCGGGGAUAAACGUUUGAACCUUCCGAGUGUACAACAAGACCAGAUCGAACCUACUUCCAGCGCUUCCGAUCAAUGAUCUCGCUCGUCCAAAUCAACUGAGUGAUACUCCGGAGAACAAGGCAUAUCUCGCUGAAGCUUCUUCACAGCUAUACUCAUCCCAACCCGGCGCACGUCACGACUCAGACGGAUCCAGCUACGGAGAUGAAUUCGAGAAGAUGGAUGGAAAGGUCUUCCAUGCGACUCGAAAACGAGGCUUUGUCGGACGAUAAGGUGGCGAGCGGAUUAGAAUAUGAAAGCACCUCGGAGGUCGGUGGGAUAGGAAAGUUGGAGUUUUUUCCUGGGUUACGAUAUUAUAAUUCAGGCACCCAAUUUGUGGAAUCAAACCGUGGCAAAAAGGAGUUUGUGAAGGAGUUUGUUGACUCGUAUCAAGGAGAAUAUAUCCGAGCCAAC